GCUUCACAACUUGGGGAUUCCUUCAACUAAAAGUCGAUCCACAAGCACAGAUUGAUACCAUUGAUACCGUUACAUACCGUUUUCUUCCUUGAACUUUUGCAAAAAGAAAGAAGCAACAUGGGAGCAGACAAGAAGACCUUAGCGAUUGCUGGAGGUCUAUUAUUUGCUACCAUCGUAGCUGUCGCCAUCACAGUUCCUUUGGUACUGACCAAGAAUAAGAAUGAAGAGCCACAGCAACAGCAGCAACAACAGCCACCUGAUGGAGACUUGAUUGGCGUCUCGGUCAAUGGGAGUGACUUUUUGGGUGGCCCUGCAACAGGCUCCCGUGUGUCCAAGUUGGAAAUGCAAGCCUGUCCAGAGUCAGUUGGGACGACCGAAUUCAUGUUGGAAGUUGGAAUUGAUGGAUUGGAAUUGUUCAGGUCGGCAGCAGACAAGUUGUGUACCUUGGUUGUCGUGGGAACCUCGGGGACAGAACAGUUUCUAACUCCCAUUGCAAGAUCUUAUAAUGGACAAGAUUGGAAUGUUGCUGCUGGCAAGUAUUCGUCGGUCCUGACCCCAGAUUGUACCACCGAUGCUUCCUUGUGCCAGCUGGUUUUUACAGACAUUGCCGAACUGGUUGGAGGUGCUGGAGCUACCUUUCAAUUGACUACCUUUGACCCCCCAUCCUACAGUGACAAGGAUAUCAUUGCUCGUUUCUUGGAACAGGCUACCUUUGGUCCUACGUGGGAGGCCAUCACGGAAAUUGAGACUGCUGCCACAUCACAAGCAACGAGCCUAGAUUCUCAGUUUGCCAAGUGGGUUCAAAAUCAGCAAACCAAUGUGCCCGUGGCAUCGCACAGAGAAGUCUUUCGCACCAGAAUGAAUGCUCGCUUUGAAGUGCCUUCGCCCAACGGACCCAUCACACAACCUUGUGAUGCUGGAACUCGGCAUCGUCGCACAGCCUUUUCUGUCAAGGACAAAAAGAAGACUUUGGAAAUCAAGAGUCUCCCGAGCGAUGCCAACCGCAAAGUUUUGCUGGUGGACGGACAGUACCGAACCACUGUUUCGGGACCCUUCUAUACAGGCACCCGCAUCAAGAGCCGACUGGCUGUGAACGUCGAGCAGUUGGAUUGGCCCGAUGGCACUUACACUCUUAACGAGGUUACCUAUGAGGGGCCGUAUGACUACGUAAUGGUGGCACACCCCAAAAACAAAAAGUCCGUGCCCUUCCUGGUGGCCUCGACCGAGACUGCAGGUGCCUAUGAAUCCAAUCCACCCGUGUACUACGAUGCCACCGAACUCACGGGAGCAUUUGAUCCGGCCCUGUUGCCAGAUACUUUUGGUGUCAUGACAUUGCCAGCCGAAGCCGCCACCCCCAUUGACACACAGUAUUUCACACCACGUACAGCCACAGAAGGAGACCAAUUGGCGUCGCUUGUAGACCAGGAAAUCUUGGUUACGGCAGAUGUGACUGAUGCUUUGUGCAGUACCGCCGAAGCACCUGCCUUGGGCGUUCCCUUUUUCGCAUCAUGGAACAAUCGCCAGUACAUUCAUGACCCGCGCUAUUUGAUUCUUGGAAAUGAUGUUGCCAACCCAAUCGCAGAUGGAGGAGGUUCUCUGGUGAAUGAGUUUGCUGUCCCUGAUGAAAUGUUCAGUGUCAAAUGCUCCAACGUGCCCAGGACCUUUCUCAACGAAGAGGGGUGCACUUUGUCUACCGACCCCAACGUCUGCACUUACCGACAAUUCGAGACAGUGAGUCGGCAAACAUCGUCUGAGGUCAAUCCUAACUUUGUCGUCAGUCGCGAGAACAUGAGAAAACUUUACGAGGUAUCGAAAGACGCAUCCAGGACAGCGUACUACUACGUUGUGGAAGGGGUUGAUAUCAAAAGGGACGACACCGUUCCAGCACCUUGUACACCAGGUUCUGGAAAAGCGACAAAAUCUCGCUGGCUCGUCAUUGACUGCGCAGCUCGUACUGAGGCAGAUGUGUCGGCAACCACCAAUGACUACAUGGUAUCCAGGAUCAUCAAGGAGGCUGUCAAGGAAGGUGCCAAUCCAUACGUGAUAGAUGCUUACCAUCCCAAAGGAGCAACGACCAGAUGCGACGAGGCCGAUGUGGACCUGAAGGGGUUUGAAGUGUAUGACGCAGCCUCAGACGCUUGUUGGAGAAAUGUCCACACAGACUAUCUGAAUGUUUACAACUUUGAAAAUUGGGCUAAGGUUGGGGGUCAUCCAGGAAACACAGACACCUUUAACCCCAUCAAGCAGUUUGCACUGGACGGAGGAACCACGUUGACAUUUCCGGCUGGGCACAGUAUGGUCCAGCAGUGGCAGACAGGCAAGAAGUCUCUAGGACGAGCCUGGAAAUUGGGACAGGAAUUCGAUUACUACAAACUUCCACAGUAUUUGCAGACAGAGGAGGUUGCUUCGGCGCUUGGAUUGACCCUCUCAGCUGACGCCGUUGCCGCAGAAGCUGCUGAAACCACGGAGGGCAGCAACGGUGCUACAUUGGUCUGUGGAAGUCCUUUCGAAGUUGGAAAUCAGCCGUCAUUGGGAGGCAGCACGUACAGAGGCGCCUACGAUCCCUCGACAUCGGAGUUCAUGACGACGCAAUGGGGCCCGCUGCGAGCGGAACGUGAGAUGAUUUGGCUGAACACAGUGCUAAAUGACGAAGGCCAGCUUCGACAGCGUGCCGCAUGGGCCUUAUCACAGAUUCUCUCAGUUCAUCCACCUGAUGUUCCAGACGGGCAGGCAUUGGUGGAGCCAUUCUUGAACUACUAUGACAUCUUUGUGCGCAACGCGUUUGGAAACUACAUUGACGUCUUGAAGGAAGUCUCGUAUUCUCCGAUCAUGGCUGACAUGCUCACUUUCUACGGAGGCCGAUCGACAGCCGAAGUCUACGAAGACGAACAAACUCUAGAAUUUGCAGACGAAAACUAUGCUCGCGAAAUCAUGCAGCUGUUCACCACAGGGCUUUUCCAGCUUAACAUGGAUGGUACUGAAAUAUUUGAUUCAACUGGUGACCAAGAAAAGGUGUAUUCCAACGAUGACAUUGAAGAGUACGCGAGGGCGUGGACGGGAUUCAUGUCACAACACAAGCGCGGAAAUGCCGAAGUUCAGCGCAAGAACACCGUUGAUCCCAUGCAGAUCGUUGCCGAGUGGCGUGAUCGCUUGCCGAAAAUGGGUUUGGACAGGACAUAUGUGGGCGAUGGCUAUCCCUUGUGCUCUGAUUUACCAACAGACCAUUUCCUUUCGAAAGGAGCGACCUACAGGCUCCUUGGUGGUCAGCCUUCCCCUGAGCUCGUCUCCGACCCUCCCGAAUGGAACACCGAAAGCACCACUGUGCUGGUGUCUUUGGAUGCAACCAGUGGUCUGUACCAAAAGCUUUGCUCGCCAGAUGCUAGCGGUGCUUGUGAUUACAAGAACAUGGUUAUAUUAGACACAACAAUCGCAUGUACCGCGGGCAUUGAAUGCGAAGUUGACACCGUCAGGUCAGUGAAGGUGGGCGACAUGUACUAUGAGUAUCUCCGGGCGCCCUGUGUGGAGCUGGGCUUCUUCAACAACGCCAAGACCAUCGCUCAGAGGACCCGUGAUGUUAACGCAAUGUGUGCCAACCCAAAUGUGGAGGCGGCUACUGUUGCCUGCUGUGACAAUGAGGCUAGUGUCUGGGAUGAACAAUAUUUUGGAGAACGCGCCUUAUUUGCUUCUGCUGAAACACGAUGCAAUCAGCUCCUCUGCACAAGUGAAAGCCGCCCAAGCUGUGAUGUGUCCGACUCAAGUGUCGGCACACGAUGCUAUGACAAUAACUAUUUUUGGACGUCGCAGGCUUGUGCAGUGAAAGCAAAGAUUGACAGGUCUAAUGGCAAAAUUGCAAUCGUUCAUCAACCCGAUGGUGUGGCGGAAGCUGAUGUUGCAUCUAUUGUUCAGCCAAUCACAGAGACAUACUUCCGAGUUGAUUGGGAAGGUGACUUUGCCACGGUGCUGGCCGAUUGCGGCAACCUCCCCUCCUGCACUCUUACAGACGAUGACAUGUGUCUCUGCCACGUUACAGCUGCUGAUACUCAGGCUUUCAGUCAAAACCCAACGAGGAAUGACGUGCUUUCGUCCUUGACAAUAGGAUCCUUCGAACCAAUUGUUGGUGUCGCCGCGACCACCGAGGAUGGUGUGAACGUGUAUGGAGACCUCUCCGCCGAAACUAUCUUUGAAGUUGUUGAUGACUCCGGGGUGCGGCAAUUACGAAAGAACACAAAGUCGACUGUGACAGUCGGAGAUACGGGGCUUUCGUUCCGCAAUCCAGUUCAUUUUAUGUCCUUUUCCGAUCCUGAAGUGCGUGACGCACAGUACGAGACUGAUGCUGCACUGGACCACUACGCGCAUCAUCGAAAUACGGCACCGUUCUUGGCUAUCCGCUUCGCUCAACGAUUUGGAAUCUCCAACCCGUCCCCAGUGUAUGUGGAAGAGAUCGCCAGAGCUUUUACUUCUGGUGUCUACAGUUUUGAUGACAAUGGUCAACAACUAUCGUUUGGCUCGGGAACUUAUGGAGACUUGGGCGCCACGUUUGCUGCGGUGCUACUCAGCCCCGAGGCUCGCAGUGUUGUCUUGGACAAAGAUCCUUCGCAUGGCUCGCUGAAGGAACCUGUCAUAAAGAUCAUUGGCCUCAUGCGUGCUCUCAAGUUCACUUUAAAUGCCCCUUUCCCUUGGGUUGAGAUGUCGGGAUCAUUGGGAGAAAUUUUGGGCCAGAUGGCUCAUCAGCUGCCAAGUGUAUUUUCCUUCUUCUUGCCAGAGUACCAGCCUGCAGGCCCCGUUGCUCUGGGGUCUCUGGUGGCACCCGAGGCACAAGUCUUGACAGGACCCAGAAUUAUCGACACAUUGAAUGCCAUCUACGCGUUUCUCAAGUAUGGUCUUGUGGGGUGCAACAAGGGAUUUGGACCAAACUUUGUGGCUAGCUGUCGAGACGCCAAGAUUGGGACACAGCUGGGAGUUGGUUACCUGGCAUACCAACCAUCCACAGAUGAUGCAGUUGGGGAGCUCUCUACGCUUUUGACUGCCGGAAGACUCAAUGCAAAUACCAAAAGUUACAUUUCCGACUUCUACGCAGGAGAGAGCAAGUUUCCUUUGAUCAAGGCACAAAUGAUGAUAGCUACAACACCGGAAUUCCAUGGCACUGGCGCUGUUCAGCAGACAAGUGAAACAAGACCAACUCCACCAGCUCGAAGUGCCCCCACAAGCCCCUACAAGGCUCUUGUAUAUGUCCUACUUGCUGGCGGAAACGAUUCAUUUAAUAUGAUAGUCCCGCAUACCUGUGCCGACACGAAUGCAGCAGGGAAGACUCUCCUUGAACAAUACAAAUCAGAACGCUCGACUAUUGCACUCACCGACGCGGAGCGAUCUCGUGUCAUUGACGCCACUGGCCAACCUUGCAGCCAAUUUGCUGUGCACCCCGAUUUCCCCUUUGCAGAACGGCUGUACAACGAAGGUGACUUGGUGUUCUUUGCAAAUGUUGGCCAGCUUGAUGCGCCAGUCACCAAGGACGACUACAACUCAGUCACAAAGACAGAUCUCUUUGCACACAAUACCAUGCAGAAGCAAGCUCAGAGACUUGACCCAUGGGAAGCUCAACAAAACACUGGAAUCUUGGGUCGCAUGAGUGACAAGCUUGCUGCCAAAGGUUACACCCCUCAACCUAUCACGGUUAGAGAUGCAACUGUAGCCACUGUUGGAGUACCCGGAGCCGCUGUCAAACCGUUGGUGGCUCCUUUUGGAGGGCCCACGGAAUUUGAUCCUGCGCAAAAACGGGACACUAUCGACAUGAGUGACUACGUUGCAGUACUGAACAAUGUCACAAACCUACACAGCAGUGUCUAUGGUGAAACUUGGUCUAGUACUCUCCAUCAAGCGAUUCUAGAUGCAGAUCAGAUGACUUCGGCCUACGACAAUAUCAAGUUGACGCAAGAGUACGCCGGGAAUUCAGAGGGCCCCAAUUUUAUGAGGCAAGUUGAGGCUCUUUCCUCUCUCAUCAUGACACGCAACGAUCGUGGUGUCGAUCGUGAUGUGUUCUUCCUGUCGCUUGGCGGAUGGGACCAUCAUCGAGGCGUAAAAGAAGCGCAGUCGUCCUUUCUGGGAAAUCUGGAUUCUGCAUUGGAGGAGUUUGAGAAAGAGAUGAAGGAAGCAGGUCUUUGGGAUUCUAUCACCGUUGCCGUGACAUCUGACUUUGGCCGUACACUGACACCCAAUUCGGGCGACGGGUCAGACCACGCCUGGGGAGGAAAUUAUCUCAUGUUUGGAGGCAGCGUCAAGGGUGGCCAGAUAUUGGGCGAGUAUCCAACUGAUAUCACCAGUGAUUCAGAACUGAACAUUGGCAGAGGAAGGCUGAUUCCUACUUCCAGCUGGGAGUCCAUGCUCACUGCCCCCAUCCAAUGGAUGGGACUGGACACUGAUGAAGAUCUCGACUAUUGCAUGCCCAACCGCAUCCAGACCGGAACAAGGCUCUAUACGAAGGACGAAGUGUUCAACGCCGAUACAGCCCGUUCCCUCCGAGGAAACUAGUAGUGGUUGCGUUGACAUGGAGGCUGCGAGAGAACGGCAUCCGACAACCUCGAAGCUUGCUCGUAAAAUGUAAAAUAGGCUUGACGAUUAAAAAAGGCACGC